AGAAGAACAAGAACAAGAACAAGAAGCAAAAGCAGAAGCAGAAGAAGAAGUCAUCAGUGACUCAGACCUCAGCUGUUCGUACUGUUUGAGGACCUGUCAUGUCCACACUCCAUAGUCUGAAUGUUUUCAUCAGCCAGCGGCUCAGUGCGGCGGUGGAGGAGAUCAUUGGCCGAUUAGAGACAGUGAUAAGCGAGUAUGAAGAGGAUAUGAAGUGCCGGCAGCUCAGGCUCACUGCCCAGCGACAAACCGUAGGUGUGCAGCAACAUUUGGUGAUUAAAGAAGAGGUUCUGUCUGAGCAGCAAGAGUGGAUCUCCAGCCUGGACAAGCAAGCCCCAAAGUGGGCACACGUUAAAGAGGAAAAAAAGGAUCUCUGGACCAGUCUGCAAGUCAGGAGUCAACAGCAAGGACUGCAGGAGGAAAAUAUCAUCAAGUUCCCUUUCACGCAUUUCAAUUUGAGGAAUGAAGAUGAAGAGGAAUCUCAGUCCUCUGCGUUUUGGCACAGACAAACUGAGGAUAACCAAGAGGCUGAGCCGACGAAACCUGAUGUAGAGGGUGAUCGAGGAGCAGAAGCUAAUAGGAUCUUAGAGUCUGGUUUAAUAUGCCUCUCUGGAUUUGGCGAUAAGACCCUAUACUCUUCUGAAUCUCAGACUGAUGACAGUGAUGAUGACUUGAAGGAGAUUAGGAAACCUCAAAUAGAUUUGAAUACUGUGAAAACUAACGUUCCAGUCUGUGAUAUGGGACACAAUAUCGACAAUAAAUUGUUUAGCUGCUCAAAAUGUGAGAAAAGAUUUGGACAGAAGCACCAUCUGCAGACACAUAUGAGGUGUCAUACCGGAGAGAAACCCUUUACUUGUUUGAUCUGUGGGACCAAAAGAAGUGCGAUAGAUGUCACGUUAAACAGAGCAAAUCAACUAAAUAAAAUAUGAAAAAAGA